CCCCAGCAGAAGGGAAAAGAGAAAAAAAUAAAUAACCACAGAUCUUAUUUGUGCAUAAACGUUAUAAACAAAAAAGUCACAUUUUUGUAUUCCUUUUUUCCUUCUUUUCUUUCUUUUGAUUGCCGUUCAUUAUUUGUUCAUUUUCUUUCUUUAUUCUACGUAUUUCAUAAGAGGCAUAUCAUCGAUGACAUUUGACUUUGAAGAACGGCGAGGUAACUUGCUUACUUGUGUAUCUCCGUCGGAGAGUCUUGUGCUCUGCGUGAGUGAGGAUUUGCGUAUGAGUAAAGGAAUUGCCGUUGCGUUUCGUCAGCAAUUCGGUGGAUUACAGCAACUUCAGGCACAGAAAAAAUCGGUCGGUCAAGUAGCCCACCUGGCCAUUAGUCCAAAGCGGCACGUAUUCUAUCUAAUAACGCGACAUAAAGCUUACAACAAAGCCAGUUACGGCGACUUGGAACGCUGUUUGAUGGAGUUGCGUAAAAUGUGCGAAACUCUGGGCGUGUUACAUUUAGCUUUGCCACACGAGCUCGGCGUUGGUUUGGAUGGAUUUCAGGAAAAGUAUGUAAAAGAAGUAAUUUUCAAAGUCUUUCACGGCUGGCAAGGAAAGAUGAUUAUGUAUCAAAGCGACGAGUAACGUGUUUCGAGGGUUUAAUAAAUGUUGUACCAUGUCAUUUUGCAUUCAUCUCUUUCCAUCGA